GAAAAUUAAAAAUUCUCCGUUUGGAUUGAAGCAAAGAAAGAAAGAAAGAAUAGAAAUAGUAGAAAAGCAGAAGUCCGUAGAAUCCGUGUUCGGGGGAAGGGGAGAAUGACGAUAGAAGCAGGGAUUGGUUAUGUGUUGUUAUCACUCGGCCCUUCGCUUUCUCUCUUUAUUACUCUCAUUUCCGCCAAACCCUUUUUGAUUCUCACCCUUCUUUCUAGUACAUUGCUGUGGCUGAUUAGUUUGAUUGUGCUGUCUGGAGUUUGGAGGGUGUUUCUUCCAUUUAAAACAACAGCAUGGUGGCCUUAUGCAAUUCUUAUCUUGACUUCUAUUAUAUUCCAAGAAGGUCUUCGCCUCGUGUUAUGGAAAGGUUACAAGAAGCUGGAAGAUAUGUUGGAUGCCUUUGCUGACAGAGUUGCUAAACCCCGCCUCUAUCUUACUGAUAAGAUGCUAAUCGCCCUUGCUUGUGGUCUAGGUCAUGGUGUGGCUCAUGCUGUCUUUUUCUGUCUCAGCCUCUUAACUCCUUCAUUUGGUCCCGCUACAUUUUAUGUUGACAAGUGCUCUUAUGCUCCGUUUUUCCUUAUUUCUGCAAUUAUUUCCCUUGCAUUUGUUACAAUCCACACUUUCUCAAUGGUGAUUGCGUUCAAUGGAUAUGCUGAAGGGAAUAGAAAUGACCAACUAAUUGUUCCGGCCAUUCAUCUGAUUGCUGGGACAUUGACUCUUGUUAAUCUGGCAUCGGGUGGUUGUAUAGUGGGUAUCCCUCUGUUGUAUGUGGUGGCACUGUCAACCUUAGCGUAUUGUGGGAAGAUGGUUUGGAGAAGAUUGACUGAAACUCAAAUUAGACUCACCCGUCCAAAUCAAUAAUAGAUCAGUUGGGGUUGGAUUAUUUUAAAUGUAAACCAGUUUUAGCUUUCAUUGUUCGAGAGUUAAGAGUUGGUUAGUUGACCGUAAAGCUACACACAACCUUUGGAAACAACGACGUUUUAUUUUCGUAUAGGUACCUUGACAUUAUUUCCACUUUGUAGUGUUCAUUAAGAGCUAGCAAGUCUAUGACAUUUCUUUUGCUUGUCGUA